UGACGUUGUCGCGGCAGAAGCGGGGAGAAAGGGCGAAUUAGUGAAGCAGUGGAGGAAAUAUUUACGAUUCCUGCUUUUCCCGAAUGAGUUUUGUCACUCUAUGCAAUUUUAGUUUUGAAUUAUAAGAAAAUACGCUUUACACAGCCAUGCGGCGAAAUAAGGCCGAAGUGGACGAAUAUAUUUAUUCAGUAGAGAGUUCCUCUCCUUCACUCAAAGAGAAACCAAUUAAAGGAUUUUUAUUUGCUAAAUUAUACUUCGAGGCUAAGGAGUAUGAACUUGCUAAAAGACAUGUAUCAGCAUAUCUGAAGGUGGCGGAAAGAGACCCCAAAGCACACAAGUUCCUGGGCAAACUUUAUGAGAGGGAAGGAGAUGUCAACAAGGCCAUAGGAUGUUACAAGCGGUCUGUGGACCUGAACCCAGCCCAGAGGGACCUGGUUUUGAAGGUGGCUGAGUUGCUGGUCAGUAAGACCGAGAGAGACAACAGAGCAGAGUUCUGGGUGGAGAAAGCUGCCAAGCUGCUGCCUGGACACCUUGCUGUCUUCAAGCUCAAGGAGCACCUACUGAAUCAACAGGGCCAACAGGGAUGGAACCAGUUGUUUGACCUACUGCAGGCAGAGCUGGCUGUGAGGCCUGGCGAUGCCCAUAUCAACAUCAAGCUGGUUCAGUUGUUCUCCUCCGAUGGCAGGCUGGAGGAGGCUGUCAAACACUGUCUGGCCACAGAGAAGAGAGGCCUGCUUAGAUCCAGCUUGGACUGGUACUCUACUGUAGUACACACUCUGCAGGAAUCCCUAGCCCAGCCCAGUGUUUCGUCCAAUGAGAAGAUGAGGCAACAUCGGCAGAGAGAGCUACUUUUGGCACACUGCAGCCUGCUGAGACUGACUCUGCAGGGGAAAGGACUGCAGCCUAGCAUCCAGGCCCUCUGGAGUUUUGACUGUGCGAUGCAGGGCCUGAAGAGGGCAGAGGGCAGUGUAACAGAUGAUCUGUCUGGGGUCUAUGUGGAGAUGAGGGGACAUCUGUACCUGCAUGCUGGCACUCUCCUGCUGAAGAUGGCUCAGGAGAGAGAACAGCAGUGGCGGGAUGUCAUUGAUCUGGCUGCUCUCUGCUAUCUGCUGGCCUACCAGGUCCCCAGGCCAAAGAGCAAGGUGUCUAAACGGGACCAGUCUCCUCCUCAGCCUCUGGAGCUGCUGGCUAGUGACAGAAAGAGCCAGGCUGGACACAUGCUGCUCAACCUCAAGCCCGAGACACACACCUUUGUCAGAGAGGUGGUGGAGGCGUUUGGGAACUGUAGUGGUCAGGGCGCUUUGUUUGAGUUUUUGUUUGGGCCUCUGGCUCCGGCCGGGACUUCCUUCAUUGGCAACGAUGACAUCCGCUCCAUCAACACACAGGCUCCAGAGAUAUCUGACCUUACCAAAUGGGAUAACGGCUCCAUCCAGCUCCAUGGUGGGGACCUCCAGCAGCUGUGUUGGCUGGGCCUCCAAUGGUCUCUCUUGGCCCAGAGGCCUGCUCUGAGGGACUGGCUCAAACAGCUGUUCCCCAGGCUCAACCUGGAGACCUCCAAACUGGACACCAACACACCAGAGUCCAUCUGCCUGCUAGACCUGGAGGUGUUCCUGUGUGGGGUGGUGUGGUGCAGUCACACCCAGCUCCAGGAGAGGGCCAGGAUCACUUCUACUGGUCAACAUGAGCCCCGCUGCCUGCCCCUGCCCCUCCUCCACCACCUCUUCACAGACAGACAGAGGGACUGGUGGGAUGCAGUCUACAGGCUCAUUCACAAACGAGCUGCGCCUGGCAUGUCAGCCAAACUGAGGAUGACGGUUCAACAUGGACUAAGCACCUUGCGAGCCGGAGAGAAACAUGGCCUUCAACCAGCCCUGCCCAUACACUGGGCCCAGCACCUCAGCUCAGCGGGGUUUGGUGUGAACUCAUACUACGACCACGAAUACAUAAGGCGGAGUGUCCACUACUGGAACGUGGUGCUCCCCCUGCUGGACAAGAUCAAGAGGAGACGUGGCAUCCCUGGACCCCUGGACCCCCUGUUCAUACACUUCCCCUCUAGAGACAUAGAGAUCCCAUCAGUGAAGGGCUUUGAGGAGGAGGCCAAGAUAGCAUUUGCGACCCUCCUGGACAUCGAGGGGAAGACUGAGGAGGCUAUCGCUACCCUGGAGACCAUCAACAGCAUCUCGUCUAACUGGCACCUAGCUAGGAUCUUCCAGCGUCUGUCUGAGGAGGCCGGUAGCGGGGUGGAGGAGACACAGGACAGGUGCAUCAUGUUCCUCAGGAAGUUCAGAACUUACCUGUCCAAGAUCUACAACGCCAACGCUGACGACAUGGAUAAGCUGCCCGUUUCGAUGGAGGAGGUGAUGGAUCUCCUGAACGAUGUGAAACAGCAGCUGGAGGAGAGUGGAGAAGCGAUGGAUGAAGAGGACGACGGUGGACCGGUCCACUCCAGCCUUCAGUUUACUAAGCCUGCUGCUUCAAUCUCUUGUGUCAAAUUCGCCCCAUUAACCCCCUCCCCCAGCAAGAGUUUGGCCUCUCCCUCCAAAAGACACCUGAUUUCCCCAAAGACGCCACCUCAUUGGGCGGAGGACCAGAAGUCCCUCCUGCAGAUGCUCUGCCAGCAGGUGGAGAGCCUCAAGAAUGAGGUCCAUGACUUGAGGCAUCACUCGUCAGACAGCAUGGCGUCACCCCACCAAAGAAUGUAUGGAGAUGGGUAUGGGGCUGAGAGCAUGCAGGAGGGCUACCCCCCAGCACAGACCUUCCAUGGAGCACCCCUCACUGUUGCCACCACACAGGCACCCUCUAUGUAUUACAAUCAAUCCCCUGCUUAUAACGCCGGACAGUAUCUCCUUCGUACGGCAGCCAAUGUUACUCCAACAAAGGCUCCUGUGUAUGGAAUCAACCGCCUGCCACCCCAGCAGCACAUGUAUGCCUACCAGCAGCCCACAAACACACCUCCCCUACAGUCAACACCAGCCUGCAUCUACCCUCCUCAAGAUCAGGUCUUCGGCGCCCCUCUCCGCUUCGAGUCGCCAGCAACCAGUCUACUCUCCCCAUACAGUGAGGAAUACUACGGCCACUCUCAGCCCACCACAAACCCUCCCCUCCCAGAACCUGGCUACUUCACCAAGCCCUCCAUUGUACCUGUCCAACCACCAAAGAGCAUCGAGGGGAAGCCUGUGGGCUUUGGGAAGAUCUCUUUUGGCCAGCCGAUCCCUGCUGGGCCUCCUAAGUUGCCUAGCUUUGGUGCUGGAAUAGUCGCCCAGUCCACUCCAUCAUCCGCUGCCUUUAAAUUCAACUCUAACUUUAAAUCCAAUGACGGGGACUUCACCUUCAAGUCCAAAAACAAUGAGAGCCUGUUGGGUCUUCUGACAUCAGACAUUCCCACCAAAUCUGAGGGUCCCUCAGAGGGGAAGCCCCAAGAGCCUCCUAGUCAGGGAGGGAUUUUUACCUUUGGCCCUAAAAGUGUGUCUGGGUUCUCCUUUGCUGACACAAUCCAGAUCCAGGACAAACCAAACCUGUUUGGAAAAAUUGACCAGACAUUUAGUUUCACUGAUGUAACCACGCCGGUAUUUGGGCUGGCAAACACCGCAGAGGAGGAGAAGGGAGCCGAGAGCAAUAACAACAGCACUCAUGUGGAGGAGGACGAGGAUGGGCCUCACUUUGAGCCUAUUGUGCCCCUCCCUGACAAAGUAGACGUGAAAACUGGAGAGGAGGAAGAGGAGGAGAUGUUCUGUAACAGGGCCAAGCUGUUCAGAUUCGAUGCGGAGACAAAAGAGUGGAAAGAGAGAGGUAUCGGCUUAGUCAAAAUCCUAAAGCACAAUAGAUCAGGAAAAGUGCGUCUGCUGAUGAGGAGGGAGCAGGUUCUGAAGAUCUGCGCUAACCACUACAUCACGCCAGAUAUGCUCCUGAAACCAAAUGCUGGAUCUGACAAGUCCUGGGUCUGGAAUGCUGUUGAUUAUGCGGAUGAGGAACCAAGGCCUGAGCAACUGGCCAUCCGGUACAAAACGGAAGACGAGGCAUUGCUCUUCAAGACAAAGUUUGAAGAGGCUCAGAAGAUCGUUCCCAAAUCUCCAAAAAUGCAGCAAGAUCAGUCAUAUAGGAAAAAUAAUUUUCCUGAACUCUCUGCUCCAUUGGCGACAAACUUUGCUGCCCAAUUUGCAAAGAAGUACGGGGAGUGGGACUGCGAUGUGUGCUGUGUAAGAAAUGCAGCUAAAGUUAUGCAGUGUGUUGCCUGCCAGACUGCCAACCCUAAUGCCCCAUCAAAGCUGGACAGCGCACCGGCUACUGACAUCAAAGGGUUUACUAGUGGGGCAGCUUCAGUGGGAGGAUUUACUUUUGGAUUUGGAGCUGACUCGUCAAAAGACACCAGCAGCGCAGGAUCGAUUGGAAAAGGAUUUGGGUCUUUUGGAGCUCAGAUACCCUCCUCCUUUACGUUUGGAACCAGUGGCACCACUUAUAUACCUGCUGCUGGUUUUGGUGCACAGUUUGGAAAGAGGCAAGAAACCACAAAAGUUGCAGCAGAAUCAAAGCCCUCAACCAUGCCAUUUAGCUCUGGAUUUGGUGUGCAGUUCGGCAUAAAUCCAGGGCAGUGGGACUGCGAUACAUGCGCUUCAAGAAAUGAGGCAUUUGCAAACAGUUGUCUCUCUUGUCAAACUCCUAACCCUCCAGGAAAACCUGCUGCUGGUGCCCCAGCUUUGGCAACCCUCUCAAUUGGGUCUGGAUUUGGUGCACAGUUUGGCAAAAAACCAGGGCAGUGGGAGUGUUACACGUGUCUUGUUAGAAAUGAGGAGUCUGCUAGCAGUUGUGUUUCUUGUCAAACUCCAAACCCUGUAACCAAAACAGAUGUAGAUGGAACAGCAGAAUCAAAGCCCUCAACCAUGCAAUUUGGUGCCCCGGCUUUGGCAACCCUCUCAACUGGGUCUGGAUUUGGUGCCCAAUUCAACAAAAAGCUAGGGCAAUGGGACUGUGAUACAUGCGUUGUGAGAAACGAGGCUUCUUCAAGCAGUUGUGUUUCUUGUCAAACUCUUAACCCUUCAGCAAAAUCAACAGUAGAGGUAGCACCAACAACAGAGUCAACAGUGUCAGACUUUGGUGCUGCUUUUUCAAGGAAGGAUGGACAAUGGGACUGUGACACCUGUUUAGUGAGGAAUGAUGCAUCUGCCUCUAAGUGUGUUUCCUGCCAGACACCCAACCCCAAUGCUAGCAGCUCCUCUCUUAGGGCCAUGUUUGCCAGGCAGGAGGGACAGUGGGACUGUGACACAUGUCUUGUCAGAAACAACGACUCUGCUAGUCAAUGUGUCUCCUGUCAGAUGCCCAAUCGCAAUGUUAAGAGCAUAGCCACAGCCGCGACUUCCAGCUCAUCCUUCAGCUUUAACUUCGGGAGUCAGACUGCCUCUACUCAACCCACAGGCACUGGGUUUAAAGCGAACUUCAAUGGUGACAGCUCUUUGCAGUUUGGCACAGGCAAAGUUGAUAAAAGUUCCCCUGCAUCCUUCAAGUUUGAGACCCCUCCACAGGCUGAAAGCACUACCCCCAGUGCUGCAGGCUUCUCUUUCACCAUGCCCAUCCAAGCAGGUGGCUUUAAGUUUGGCACUCAGGAAACUGCAAAGGAAACCCUACCAGCUGAAACUCAGACUCCUGCUUCAGGGUCUGCGUCAAUGUUCCUGAAGAAUAUCGUAGAGCAGUACAGAGAGAAGGAAUCUGUUGUCAGUGUAUAUCCAUCAGUGCUGUCAGUGGACAAGACGGGUCAGGAUGAAAAUCCCCUCUUCAUUGGCAAACCCAACGACUUCAGUUUUGCAGACUUGGCUAAAAACUCACAAGGAGACUUCCAGUUUGGUCAGACUGACUCCAAUUUCAAAGGCUUCACCCGCGCUGGUGAGCAGCUGUUCACAUCCCUUCAGUCAAACCAGAGGGCAGACACCUCAGCUGACCAGGAUGAAGAGGGCAUAUACAAGACAGAGGAUAAUGACGAUAUCCAGUUUGAGCCUGUGGUCCAGAUGCCAGAGAAAGUGGACCUGGUCACAGGAGAAGAGGACGAACAGGCCCUCUACUCCCAGAGAGUGAAGCUCUUCAGGUUUGACGGAGACAUCAGCCAGUGGAAGGAGAGGGGCGUUGGGGUCCUCAAGUUCCUGAAGAACGCCACCAAUGGCAGGCUCAGGGUGCUGAUGAGGAGAGAGCAGGUCCUGAAGGUGUGUGCCAACCACUGGAUCACCACCACCAUGAACCUGAAGCCCUUGGCUGGCUCCGACAAGGCCUGGAUGUGGCUGGCUAAUGACUUCUCUGAUGGAGAUGCCAGACUGGAGCAACUCGCUGCCAAGUUUAAAACCCCUGAGCUGGCUGAGGAUUUCAAGCUGAAGUUUGAGGAGUGUCAGAGGCUCCUGUUAGACAUCCCGCUGCAGACUCCUCACAAGCUUGUUGACACAGGCAGAACUGCACAUCUCAUCCAGAAAGCAGAGGAGAUGAAGUCCGGCUUGAAAGAUCUUAAAUCUUUCCUGACCGAUGACAAAACCAAGAUCAAGGAGGACGACAGCCAUGCUAACAUCACGACAGCCAGUAACACCUCUGGUCUGAAUAUCAAGCCCCACGCAGAGAACACUGGCCCUACCUUAGAAUGGGACAACUAUGACCUGAGAGAGGAGGCUCUGGACGACAGUGCUGACACCUCUGUCUACGCCUUACCCCUGGCAAGCAGCCCAAUCAGGAAGAACCUCUUUUGCUUUGGAGAAUCCACAGAGGGCUUCAACUUCAGCUUCCAACCUGUCGUCAGUCCCGCCAAGUCGCUGGCCAAGAUGAACCAGAGCGGGGUGUCUGCGGACGAGGAGCAGGACAUUAGCCAGGAGGAGGAGCGGGACGGCCUGUACUUUGAGCCUGUGGUUCCCCUGCCAGACCUGGUGGAGAUCUCCACUGGAGAGGAGAAUGAAAACGUGUGUUUCAGCCACAGGGCAAAGCUGUAUCGCUAUGACAAAGACAUGAACCAGUGGAAGGAGAGGGGCAUCGGAGACCUCAAGAUACUGCAGAACUGCGAUACCAAACGAGUCAGACUCAUCAUGAGGAGAGACCAAGUCCUGAAAAUCUGCGCCAACCAUUGGGUCACAUCUUCUAUGAAGUUGGAGCCCAUGAAGGGUGCUGAGAAGGCCUGGGUCUGGAGCGCUAUUGACUUUGCCGAGGUAACUAAGGGAAAUGUUGAGCAGUUAGCUGUGAGAUUCAAACUGAAGGAUGUGGCUAACUCCUUCAGAGAUAUAUUUGACCAGGCUAAAACUGCCCAAGAGAAUGAGAUUCUGGUCACUCCAAUCGCCUCCAGUGAGAACCUUACUCAGGAGGAAGCAAUAGCGACGGGGACAACCGUGUGUGGACAAGCUGCUGUGGCCAUCCUGGAGGAGACCACCACAGAACGGACAGAGCUGUAUCAUGAGACUUUACACACCCCUGACUGUAAGUCCUCCACCGGUACUCCACAUAGCCCUCUCAACCUCUCCAGGAUGGUGAUGUCCCCACCCAAGUUCCUCUUUGGAACAGACUCUCUCCAAAAGAUUUUCGGCAGCAGCCCACCAUCAUCCAAGGAGGAUAGUUCUCCAGAGAGCUCCAAGGUUAAAGACAGCGGUCGGACCUCCCAGCCUUUAACUGCAUUCAAAAUCUCAGAAAAGGGAUUGGACUUUAGGCUUUUCAAAGAUAACCCAAAGACUUUUUGGACCAGCACCUCAUCCACCCAAUUUGAGCCCCCAGCACCCUCCCAUGCGGAGGCCGACAGUGAGGUGGAAGUGGUGUAUGUGAGGCAGCCAACAGUUGAGCAGGCUCUUCUGGCUAGGGAACUCCUGCUGCCUCUCACCUUCUUCUGCUACCAGAACGAACCAGGAUAUACCAGCGACCACCAGACUGAUGAUGAGGACUUUGAGACAGCAGUUAAAGCCCUGAAUGGAAAACUGUACCGGGAUCCUCCUGAGAGAGAGGCUGCAAGUGCAGGUUCUGCAGGCCAGGCCGAGGCAGGUGUUGAAGGUCUGGACCCGGAGGUUGAGGUUUUAUGGGAGAAGAGGCCAACUCCAGAGGAGGAACAGAAAGCCAGGAACCUGCAGCUGCCUUCAACCUUCUUCUGUGGUGUAGGCAGCGACAGCGAGGCAGAGAAGGACAAGCCAGAGGACUUUGAGACAGAGUUCCGCAAAGCACAGGAGGCUCUGGAUGCUGAGAGAAGCUCAGACCCUGUUUCAUCUGAGGAUGUGUCCUCCAGCACCUGCGAUACAGUGCCAGAACAACAGGUCCCAGACCAGUACCCCAGCAGCCAGGAACAGGCUUCAGAUCAGUCUGGGGCAGAAGUCCAGUCCACUACAGCAGAAGCACAGGUCCCAGAUCAGUCCUUAACCAUACAGGAGGCAGAAAUCCCAACCCCAGGUAGCCAGGAACAAGCCACAGAACAGUCGGUUACCAUCCAGGAGGCAGAAGUCCAGUCUUCUACAGCAGAGGAACAUGUCCCAGAUCAGUCCUUAACCAUUCAGGAGGCUGAAAUCCCAACCCCAGGUAGCCAGGAACAGGCCACAGAACAGUCAGUUACCAUCCAGGAUGCAGACAUCCAAUCUUCUACAGCAGAGGAACAGGUCACAGUUCAAUCAGUAACCAUCCAGGAGGCAGAUGUCCAGUCCUCUACAGCAGAAGAACAGGUCUCAGUUCAGUCAUUAACCAUUCAGGAGGCAGAGGUCCAGUCCACCACAGAGGAGCAGCAGACUCCAGAUCAGUCAGACUCCACUUCAACACCAUUGCAGACUGCCGUCUCCCGCAGCAGGGAGCAGGCUACCACUCCAAACCCUUCAGAAAAACCUGCUGCUAGUGCCCCAGCUUUGGUAACCCCCUCAUUUGGUUUUGGAUUUGGUGCACAGUUUGGCAAAAAGCCAGGGCAGUGGGAGUGUGACAUGUGUCUUGUUAGAAAUGAGGAGUCUGCAAGCAGUUGUGUUUCUUGUCAAACUCUAAACCCUGCUGCCAGCAGCGGGGAACAGGCUCCAGAUCAGUCAGACUCUACUCCUGCAGCUACCAGCAGCAGCCCUAUAGACCUGUCUGCCAAGAAGACCUCUGAGCCUGACUCCAAUACUACAUUUACUACAACCACUACUCAGGAUGCUCCUAACUCAUUUGGCUCAUUGGGCUUCAGUGCUCUAGGAGGGGAAGGAUUCUCCUUUGCUGAUCUGGCACAGAACACUGGGGGGGAAUUUGCCUUUGGAAAACAAGAUUCCAACUUCUCGUGGGCGAACGCCGGGGCUACGUUGUUUAGAGCUGCAGACCCAGCCAAAGCUGAGGGAGGGGAGGAAGAGUGUGAUGAAGGGGACACUAAUAAUGUGGGCAUUGACUUUGAACCCAUAGUCUCUCUACCAGAGGUGGAGACUAAGUCAGGGGAGGAGGAUGAGGAGAUCCUGUUUAAGGAGCGUACCAAGCUGUACCGCUGGGAGAGAGACCUGGGCCAGUGGAAGGAGAGGGGUGUGGGAGACAUCAAGAUCCUCUUCCACCCCGAUAAGAGGUUCUACCGGGUGCUGAUGAGGAGGGAGCAGGUGCUGAAGGUCUGUGCCAAUCACACCAUCUGUCAGAGCAUGGAGCUCAAACCCAUGAACACCUCUAACCAAGCCCUAGUCUGGACAGCUACUGACUUUUCAGAUGGUGAGGGUAAGGUGGAACAGUUGGCAGCCAAGUUUAAGACCGCGGAGCUGGCCGAGAGUUUCAGGAAGAUCUUCUGUGAGUGUCAGAGUCGAAUGAGCCAAUCAGAGGCCUCCACCCUCUCCUCCCCCCAGCUGUCCAGGGUACAGGAACAUUCCAGAGACACCAAUCCCCAGGUGUACCUCUCUAUCUCCGCUGAUGACAAGCCCCUGGGAACGGUCACCAUAGAACUGUUCUCUCACAUCGUCCCCAAGACAGCUGAGAACUUCAGAGCGCUGUGUACAGGACAGAAAGGCUUCGGACUGCGCAACACUGUCUUCCACAGGGUCGUACCCGACUUCAUGUGUCAGGGUGGAGACAUCACCAACCAGGAUGGGACAGGAGGGAAAUCCAUCUACGGGCACAAGUUUGAGGAUGAGAAUUUUGACGUGCGCCACACAGGCCCGGGUCUGCUGUCCAUGGCCAACCACGGCCGAGACACCAACAACUCCCAGUUCUUCAUCACUUUGAAGAAGGCUGAGCACUUGGACUUCAAACACGUGGCCUUUGGCUUCGUCAGAGAGGGCAUGGAUGUGGUUCGCAGCAUGGGAAAGCUGGGCACCAAGACUGGCAAACCCAGCAAGAAGAUUGUCAUCACCGAAUGUGGACAACUGUAGAGCUUCGUUCUGUUCACUGACAGUGGACAUCUCAACUGUAGGGCUGAGAUCUGGUCACUGACUGUUGACAACUCAACUGUAGAGCUUCUCUCGGUUCACUGACUGUGGACAUCUCAACUGUAGGUCUGAGAUCUGGUCACUGACUGUUGACAACUCAACUGUAGGGCUGAGAUCUGGUCACUGACUGGAUGUCUAUCGGCCUUCGUUCUGACCAUGGACUGGACAGUGAUAGGCUUUCAAACUGUGGAGUGGACAACUAUAGUAGGAACAUCUCAAAUGAGACCCUAUACCUCAUGUAAUGUAAAACAUGUUUAGUUUUUUUGCAGGGUUCUGGUAGUGUACUACAGGGGAAAUAGGGUGUCAUUUGAGACCGAGAUGGUCUCCUUUUCAUAAGUGUUGCCCCACCCUGAGGGCAGCAUGUGACUACGUGAAUCUUCAGACUUUAUUUUUGUGUAUAAUGUACAUUAAAUUCUUUUCAUGUGUUCUAUUAAAAGUUGAAAACGCUGGUUCUUUCAUAAGCUCCCUAACUGGAUUGUUUUGCAUAGUUAAGCCUUAAUUGAGAUUAACAAGAAACCUUGUUUAAAAACCAACCUCAGUUCAAAAUGAACAAUGUUCCUCUCUCCUGCUCCCUUUGAAUACUUUUAGGUGUGGUGGUGUGUUUUUGUGUAUACAUUGAUUUCAUAAUGUACAAAUCAUUGAGAAGAACCUUGUUCAUCUUAAACUCCGAAAGUAGGAAUAUGAACAACUAUAACCUGCUGUGUGACACUUUGGGAGAGGUAUGACAUAAUAUCUGGUGGUUGUGGAAGAACCUUCUAUGGUAUUCUGUUGACAAAUAUCACUUGGAGUUGAAACAAUUCUUAUUGUCAAUAUAUAAAUGAGGCUGGAGAAUGUCUUUAGAAAUAAAUUUGCUUUAUACUGAUAA